CAACAAGAACAUCUGUGAAUUUUAUGAGAAUUAUGGAGUCCCAUGGGCUGAGACAUAACGCCUUUCUGCUGUUAGUCUGUCUGUCUUUGAGCAUCACCUGUAUGAGUGUUUGUAUGGCAUCUGCUGAGUGGUCUGGGGAUCUGUCAGACUAUGAGUUGGCAAGCUUUGACAAUCCGGACAUUUUGGGUGAAAAUGAAAGACGUGGAUCAAAGUUCAACCAUUUUACCUUGAGUGACCAUGGUGAUGUCUAUGUUGGAGCUGUCAAUUGGUUGUACAGGUUGGAUAGCAGUUUGGGAGAGAUAGAGAAUGUUACAACCUGUGAUGCCAGCAGGCCAGAUAGUGUGAUGCCCUGUCACCUUACAAACAACUACAACAAGAUACUGGUGGUUGACAGUACUCGGCCAGACAGUCUGAUAACCUGUGGUGGUGUGUAUGAUGGUAUUUGUCAGUUACGACAGUUACAGGAUAUUAGUAAUGUGAUGAUGGAGUCGGUUCCUUAUGUUGCAGGAUUUGAGGAUGCAACUACUGUUAGCGUGAUAGCUCCAGGAAGUGAUGGGGGGAAAUGGCUUUAUGUUGUAGUAACAUAUACUGGUAAAAAUCUUGAUAAUUCAGGAAAUUUUCGGCCGAUCAUAAGAAGGGGCCUACAAAUGAAUCCUUUUUUAUCAGCAUCAGAUGAUGAGAAUGCCGUCCUUUUUAGUCUCGGUGCCAACGUGGCGAUGUUUUCCAUUAAUUAUGUAUUAACAUUUGCCGACGGUGGAUUCACAUAUGUUGUUGCCUCACAGAAAGAGGACUUGAAUUCUGUCCAGUAUGUUUCUAAGAUAAGCAGAGUCUGUCAUGACCAUACAAACCUAGACGCAUACACAGAAAUCACUCUACAGUGCAGUGGAUCAGAUGGCAGUGUGUACAGCUUGGUGCAAGCAGCUCACUUUGGACCAGCAGGACCUGAUCUAGCGGCAUCAUUGGGUAUCCCUGCAGACGAGCAGGUGCUGUAUGCUGUGUUUGCCAAGAACCAAGGAGCUCCGGGUACCAGUGAUGUACCCAUCGAUCACUCAGCAUUGUGUGUGUACAGGAUGACGGAUAUCUUGGAUGCAUGCAAAGCCGCAGUCACUGGCUGUAUUAAGAAUGGAAAUGCAUACUUGGUGGACUAUUUGCAGGGCUCUCUCUGUAAUAACUAUGAUAUUCCCAUCUUAGACCCAUACCUUUGCAAUCCUGAAGCGAAUCUACCACUGUACAAGUAUGCCAAGGGCAUCGCUCCAGUGCCAUCUACAGCUGUGCUGGAACUUCCAGGGAAUCUUGCAUCUUCCAUCGUCACGAGCAUUGAAGUCAACCACACUGUGGCUUUCAUUGGAACAUUGCCUGGAGAUCUACUAAAGGUUCACAUUGAAAGUAAUACUACAGCCAGAUUGUAUGAGAGCGUUUCUCUAGAUACCAGUCCAGUACUGACAGAUAUCAAGAUUGAUGACCAAACUAGAGUGAUGCAUGUACUCACUGAACAAAAGUUGAUCAAGAUGCGUGCUGAGAAUUGUGGUCAGUACACAACCUGUGAGACGUGUAUUGGGACUGAUGCAGGGAAUGAUGGAGACCCAUACUGUGGAUGGUGCACUCUGGAAAGGAGAUGCUCAAGAUACUCAGACUGUCCACUACCAGAUGUGUCUUCUCGUUGGUUGGCCUACAAUGCUGCUCAGUGCAUCAAUAUUACCGAUGUAGCUCCCUAUGACAACCUGCCAAUUACCGUCACAGAGCAACAGAUAACCCUGACUGUGCAGCAGUUACCCGAUCUAGGAACUGGUCAGAAUUAUUCAUGUCACUUUGGGUCGUCCGAAUCUCCAGCUACAAAGAAUGGUGAAGUACUUGAGUGUACGUCACCUCCGAGUGAUGGCAUACCAGCCAUACCACAAGGAGAUGAUGCAGUACACGUUGAUUUGGGUGUUAAGUCUUCUGAAACUUCAGUUGAGUUCAUUGACACCGACUUUUACUUCUACGAGUGUUCAACUCAUACCUCUUGUGUAUCCUGUGUUGGUAGUCGCUGGGCCUGUGAUUGGUGCGUGUUUGAGAACAGAUGUACUCAUGAAAGCUCCACAUGCACACGAGCCAAUGAAAUCAUCAUAACUGGAGAUAAUAAUCCAACUGCUUUUGCAGUGAAAGGACCCAAGUUUUGCCCUCAGCUGCUGAAUCAGACUGCUGAAGUUCUGCUUCCUAAUAACAUUAUGAGGAACAUCACUGUCAUAACUACAAACCUGCCAGACAAAGCUGAGAUUUCUAGCUAUCAGUGCAGCUUGGAUGUAGAGGGAUCACCGCAGGCUGUGAAUGCAGAUCGUAAUGGAGAUAGAAUCACAUGCCAAGAGAAGGCUUACACAUAUCUUUCGAAUGAUGAGCCCGAACUUGAAGUGAAACUGAGUGUUUCAUGGACAGACACGAGUGGUGUUGCGCACAUCCUGGACGACAUACAUGGAUUUGAUGUUACCCUUUACAAGUGUGAAGUCCAGAAGCCAGACUGCAGUCGAUGUGUAACAGCCCGCCCUGCGCUUGAGUGUGUUUGGUGUGGUGCCAUGCCAUCUGAGUCUGGUGUUUGCAAACUGAACGAAGUCUGCAGAGAAAACAUGAUUACUUUGGACAAUGGAUUGAACUGUCCUAACCCAGUCCUUAGCGAGGUAUUUCCCUUGACUGGACCGAUUGAAGGCAACACAGUCAUAGAUGUGAUGGGAACUGAGAUCGGUCGGAGAUUCGAGGAUGUUGUGUCAGUGAUGGUUGGCAAUCAGCCAUGUGAUCUAGCUGGAUUGGACUCAGACUAUGAAAUUGGAGCAAGUGUCAGCUGCAGAACACGAGCAGAGAGUGAAGGAGCUGAGUUGCUUACAUUGACAGUCACAGGUGCAGAUGGUACAAUGCAGCACAGCUCAGGAACAGUCAACUUUAACUUUAAGGAUCCAGCUAUUACAUCUUUCCAACCCCGCCUUGGCCCAGAAGCUGGUGGAACUGCAGUGAGUGUGAAUGGUACAGCCCUCAACACAGGACGGAAUAUCGAAGCAUUCAUUGGUGACAAUCCUUGCAAUAAAACAGGCAAACCAGUUGAAUCUAUGUUAGAGUGCACGACCACUGCUGGCCAAGUUGGAUAUAAAGGUGUUGUGAAAGUCUCCUUUGAUGGGGCCAUGAGAAACUCAGCAGAUAUAUACACCUACACUGAAAAUCCUACCAUCACCAAGGUGUCUCCACUCAAAAGCAUCGUUUCGGGUGGCCGAAUACUGACUGUCACCGGGACAUUCUUGAACACCUCCCGGAAUCGUCAGAUUUUGGUUGGAGACGGGAGUGAGACAUAUAAUGAGGAAUGCGAAGGCAAAUCUGCAACAGAAAUGCGUUGCAAAUCUCCCAACAUAACAUCCCUGGACAUGCUUGAAGAAGGCAACGAGAACGCGACCUUUGGAUUCAUCAUGGACGGGGUCACCCAGCUAUUGACAUGGUCUCAGGACAACGACGUCGACUUGGAGUAUUUGGAAGAUCCAGUGUAUUACACGUUUGAGGAUGGGUUGCAAGACAAAGAAGGAGAAACACUAACAAUAAUGGGCGAACGGAUCAACAGUGCAAUCACAGACGAAGAAAUCCUAGUCAGGAUAGGAAGUGACGUAUGCACAGUCAGCUUGAUUAGUGACAGCUCCUUAGUGUGUAGGUUGCCAACAGAGGAUCCAGGGCCUGGGGACUUCAUGGGUGAAGACACAAGCGAAGGUCUACCUGUGGUCUGGGUCGUGCACAGCAACCUUAAAUUUCGCAUCGGUUACAUUCGGUACCCGCCUGAUGUGCCCCCAUACAUCAUCAUUGUCUCGUCAGUCUGUGGAGCUAUCCUGGUGUGUAUUCUCUUUGUAGUGAUAUGUUUUGGAGCUCAGGUGUAUGGAGCUAAACGAGAGGCCAGACUGAUCCUGGAAGACAUGAGAGCUAUGGAGGCAGAUCUGGCUGAUGAGGUCAGGCAAGCCUUUGCCGAGCUUCAGACCGACAUGACCGAUCUGACCAGCGACUUGGAAGGGAUCGGCAUGCCGUUUGUCAGUCAUCGCGAGUAUGCCACCAACAUGCUGUUCAUUGGCCAGGAAAUCACACCAGAUACUGAAGAUGAAGAGUACCCCAAUGAGCAAGUGGAGAGGGCCAUGGUCAAGUUCUCUCAGCUGCUAAGCAACAAGAACUUCCUCCUGCUCUUCAUCCAGACACUGGAUGCAGAGAGUAAUGCCAAGCUGUCCAUCCGAGAAAAGCAAUCCAUUGCAUCUCUGCUGACCGUUGUGAUGAUUCUUGAGAAUAAACUUGUCUACUUGACCGAUGUAAUGGUAACACUGAUGACCCAGUUGAUUGAGGAUGCAGCUGAUUCUGACCGCACCCGUCAGCUGUUCUGCAGAACGGAGACUAUCCUAGAGAAGGUGAUGUCAAACUGGGUUGCUCUUUGCCUGUACGACCAGUUGAAGACUCACACAGCCUAUCCCCUGUUUGUGAUGUACCGAGCCAUCAAAUAUCGCAGUGAGAAUGGUCCCAUUGACGUCAUCACUGGUCGCUCCCGCUUCUCCCUGAACUACGACAAACUUCUUCAAGAGGAUGUGGAAUUCAAUGCUCUUACUCUGGUGGUUCUUAUCAAUGAAGAAGGCGAUAUCAUCAAAGAAGUCAAGGUGCUUGACGUGGACACCAUCUCUCAAGUGAAGGAGAAGAUCUUAGAUGCCAUCCAUGGCAACCAUCCCUACUCCGAGCGGCCCAGUGCCAACCAAGUCAGUCUUGAGUGGCGUCAUGGAAGAAGCGGUAAACUUGUCUUGACUGACACAGACAUGAGGCCAUUGACAGACAAGUGGCGUAGAAUCAACAUGCUUAAAGACUUUCAUGUUGGAGACAAUGCUCAAGUGACCUUGGUAGAGAAACAGGAUGUCCCAAAUGCCGCCCUCUCGGGAACAAUCCUCAAGGUGCAGGGCUCGGCUUCUUAUGUAAACAUCGGCUUUGAUGAUGAGAAGAUCAAGCGCAGGAUGAGUACCAAGCGACGAUACACCAUUGCUGAAGUCGAGGCUCAAGAAGGAAUCAGAGACUGGCAUCUUACCCAGGAGGAGGAGUGGCCUACAGAUGAGGACGGACAUAGGCGGAGAAAACGAGGAGGUUGCAUCUCACUGGAUGCUGUCACCUUCAGGAAUAAGAUUACUCGUCACAGGAUCAGAGAGAUCUCCUUCCCUAGACUUCUCUCCACCAAGGGCAUCGUGCAGGAAUAUGUGGAUAACAUGUUCCAGGCGAUACUGUCAGCGAAGAGUGCCCCCAAGGCCAUCAAGUACCUGUUUGAUUUCUUCGACAGUCAAGCCUACCGACAUGACUUGUCCACCGCGGAUCCUGACCUGGUCCACAUCUGGAAGAGUAACAUUCUGCCAUUGCGUUUCUGGGCAAACGCCAUCAAGCACCCAGACUACAUCUUUGACAUCCGCCCAUCUCGCACCGUGGAGGCCAGCCUGGAUGUCAUCGCACAGUUGUUCCAUGAUGCACACGAUACAAAGACCCACAAACUUGGCAGGGAGACGUCUAUCAACAAACUACUGUACGGCAGAGAGAAGACAAAGUUCCACAAUGAAAUCGUCUCCUUCUACGAAGAAGUUGAGCAGUUGCCUCCAGUUCCGACUCAAGAAUUGAACAAGGAGCUGUACAAAGCAUGCGAGAACUUCACUGGCUUGUUCAGUAAGCUGAGUACUCUGGAUCAACUCUGGAAAAUUGUGCGACGGUUCAAGCAGAAGCUCUUGGAUGAAAUCGAAAACAAUGAGCGAUGCAAGGACGAGAAUCUGGAUGGAUUGUUGGAGGAGAUUGACAACAUUCUGUCUGAGGAACCUGAUGUUGCUGAAGAAUGUGUGUAAGAUGCUGACAGUUGGCAACAGAUUAAUCAGAAAAUACUUGAACAUAAGUACACUUUAAAAGACAGACUAAAAGAAAUUCAAAACAAAUUUAGCGAUUCAUUUCAUAACAGAUUUGACGUGUCAAACGAUUUACAGGUUGUUUUUUUUUACCCCAAAGCACAAGUUUUUAAUUUUGCAGGUGAUCAUCUUAUGUCCAACAAAUGAUUGUGCCAACGAUCUGAAUGCAGUAAUUAUAUGCUUUAAGAAAUUGAUAAGAUGUCUUAAUAAAAAUAUAUUUUUUACGCAGAUAUGUUCAAAUGAAGUUAUGUUAUUUUACGUAAAGUUGCCACCAGUUCUUGUUUAAUGCUGUUAUAUUAUGGAUG